AUGGAGUUCCUCCCGCACACUAACUUUACCAUUCCCCAUUUUCCUGAUGAGCUCGUCCCAUCGUAUGGAGAUGCCGAGGCAUCUGCAGAAGUACCUCCACCCGCCCCAGCUGCUACUCAACAUUCAUCGAGUAAAGACAGUCCCCAGCGAGCUGAAACAGAGGAGCCAGUGGACCCUGAUCCGAUCCACGCAGUUUCACCUGAUGUAGACAGAGAAGCCAACCUCCAACUUACUAAUUUCCUGGAGACUGCCCCAUUUGUUGAACCGUUCGCAGAAGAACAUCCAGCAAUGCCACCACCUGAUGUACCGAUGGAAGCAGCCAACCCCGAAGUAUCACAACCUACUGAGUCAGCCGAGGAGUCACAAUCGGAGAUGCCACGACAAGCUCCUUUGCGUAGGAGCAGACGUCGCCUACGAAAGGCAUCUCAACAUCAGGAGCCCCCGCUCCCAACUGUUCAAGAAGGCCCUCGCACUCCUCCAGCUGCACCAGCUUCUGACUCCGAGCAUUCCAGCCCCGCUAAGCUCCGCAAGCGCACUCACCGUGCAACUGCUGCACCACCACCAUGA